AUGGUGAAAACCAGACGUAGUAACGGAGAGAAUGGCGAAAUUGACGAUGGGAAUUACUCUCCGAACGAAGCAGCAAGUGUGUCUGAUGAGAAGGCAUCUAAUUGGUCUCAGAGAGAACUAAGAAGCAGUCAUAUAAAAGUUAAGAGAAAAAUACAGCGCUGGCCGGCAAAAUAUAAUCGCAGGCUUAGAACAAUAAGGAUGCCUCGUAUAAGUAUGUUCCCAGAGAGUGAUACAGAGCCAGAGAAAUAUUCUAGAAGGUAA